ACAAGCGCACACGGUGCCUUUAGACCGCUCUGAGCACGGGAGAGUGUUCUCGUGCCAUAUUCUGAUGCUGCACCAACAACAGAAACUCUUCUCACUUUUUUCUGUCGAGAACGAAUGUCUACGCUGCCAGAGUAAACCAUGCGUUCCAGAGCUGGUUGGCGAGGUGUCCCUUCCAACUCUAUCGAAGGGUCCUUGUCGUAAUGUUGAAUUUUUCAGGUGUAGUUCUCACUUUUAAAAGCAAGGAGAAUGCAUCAGAAGUUCUUAGGAACACCGUACACGCAAACUACAACGCGGCCACCACAACGGGAAACCUCUCCAUUAUGCAGAACAAAUCGUGCGGGGAGGAAUUACACGACUUUGGCACCGUGGAGAAAAUUGUCAUUGGAACGCUACUGGCGGUCAUCACAGCAGUUACGGUGAUGGGGAAUACCCUGGUUGUGAUCGCCGUUUGCGUGGUGAAGAAACUACGCCAACCGUCCAACUAUUUGUUGGUGUCUUUGGCUGUUGCGGAUCUCUCGGUUGCGCUUGUAGUUAUGCCCUUUGUGAUUGUGACAGACCUCACGGGAGGGAAGUGGCUCUUUGGAGAGGUGUUCUGCAACAUAUUCAUCGGAAUGGAUGUUAUGUGCUGUACAGCCUCCAUAAUGACGUUGUGUGUGAUCAGCGUGGACCGAUACCUGGGCAUCACUCGACCCCUGACCUACCCGGCCCGGCAGAACGGCCAGCUGAUGGCCAAGAUGAUCCUGGGCGUGUGGCUGGUGUCCGCCUCCAUCACCAUCCCGCCCUUCUGCGGCUGGGCCAAGAACGUGCACACUGAGGACGUGUGCCUGAUCAGCCAGGACCUCAGCUACACCGUCUACUCCACGGCGGUGGCCUUCUACAUCCCCAUGCUGGUCAUGCUGGUCAUGUACUACAAGAUCUUCAAGGCGGCGCGCAAGAGCGGCCUCAAGCACCGCUCCAUCGAGUUCUCGCGCCGGGCGGGCGACGAGCUGAUCCCCACGGUGGCGGCGUCGGGCGGCGGCGGCGGCAGCGAACCGGCGCUGAAGAUGCAAGGGCUGAAGGCGGCAGCCUCGGGCAGCGGCGUGGUGGAGGAGUGCGCGGCGCUCUCCCGGCUCCUCUCGUGCAAGCGGCAGAACAUCUCCAUCUUCAAGCGCGAGCAGAAGGCGGCCACCACGCUGGGCGUGAUCGUGGGCGUCUUCAGCAUCUGCUGGCUGCCCUUCUUCACGCUGACCACCGUGCGGCCGUUCGUCUGCGGCGUGCAGUGCAGCUGCGUGCCCAUCUGGCUGGAGCGCACGCUGCUCUGGCUGGGCUACGCCAACUCCCUCAUGAACCCCUUCAUCUACGCCUUCUUCAACCGCGACCUGCGCUCCACCUACCGGGACCUGCUGCGCUGCCGCUACCGCAACAUCAACCGCCGCCUGUCGGCCGUGGGCGUGCACGAGGCCCUGCGGGUAUAAAGGUGGAGGAACGCUGAUCUUUGGACGGCGGUGAAGAAUUACUGUUCCUCAAGGUAUAGGUGAGAAGCGCUGAUAUUUGUAACGUUGAGAAACGCUGUUCGCUAUGGUGAAGAAUUACCGUUUCCGCGGUAUAGGUGAGAAACACCAAUCUUUGUGCGGUAAAGAAUAGGCCUUUUUUCACAUGGCGUCAGACACUUUCCAUUCAGUGCAUGUAAAGCAGGUAUGAGUGGGUGGGGGUUGGGUCAUUUCAUUCAAUGUGCACAAGGCUCUAAUAAUAAAGACACUACACUACACUACAGCCAGGUUUGGACUGGGAGUGAAAAACGGGUUCACCAGGUAUUGAGAGACAAUGAAGCCUGUGACAACAUUUUUCAGUCAUCUAAUAAGAGCUAAGCUGACCUCAACACCCAAGAAUGCUUUAUUUACAUCUGACUGUUUGGGAUAGGCCAGCUGUAGCAGAAUGAGCACUGACACAUUUGAGGACAGGGUCUGGCCAAAAUCAUCCACAGUCCACCGGGCAAAUACCCUGUAUGCCCUAUGGCCAAUCCAGCCAUGACUAAAGGCGUGAGGCAGAAUAGCCCAGUGGUGCGCUUCAGGCUCUUGGAAACGGGAGGGUUUUAUUUUUUUCAUUUUAUUGUUUUGAUUUUUUUCCCCUCCCCUCCCCCUCCUCACUCAGUCAAAACCGUCAGAGGUGAGCAGUCGAUACGGCUCGGCACUCGGGGGAUUGUGUAACUGUGGAUGAAAAGGUAAAGUGGAGCUGAUUGGUAUUGGAAGAGUGGGAGGCGGACGGGCGACGGGCGCAGCGCGGACCUCUGAGCGGAACAACGCAGGGCAACAGGGGCAGGAACGAUCACCUCUGUGUCCCCGUGACUCACUUGGGCUAUUUUUGGAGGGCUGCGCAACCAGAAGUUGUCUUUGAUGGCCUAUUGGAAAUGACAGGGCUUUGUGGCAUAUGCUCUACCACACAAACACACACUGACAAACACAAACACGCAGACACACAGACACAGACACAGACACAGACACAAACACACGC